AUGUCAAGCGAAUUCGAGCCCCCGAGUGAGGGCGGUCUUGCUACACAUGAUUACAUUCAACUUUCGAGCAAAGAGCCCAGCCAGGAGACGAGUGCGGAAAACAGCCGACCUUCAAGUGCAGGAGGGCCAUCUGCUUCUGCCGCUGCCGCUGCCGCUGCCUCUGCCUCCGCCUCUGCCUCUGCCUCCUCAGGCCCAGGCCCAGCACAUACCCACAAGAGGAGCAGAGUCCGGUUCAAUAGCACGAGCGAAGCCAACGAUGCUGAAAAUCAAAAGUCCAAGUUUCCCUUGCGAGACCCUUCUACUCCACUGCAGUUCGCCGACCUACUAGCACACCCGUUCGCAGCCGCAGUCGCGGUACCCCCUCAGGCCAAGUCAAGUCCCGCCCAUUCGAGGAACAACAGCACAAACAUUCUGCUCAGGAGGUCUGAGACUGAGAGUGCUAAUCCCUUCCAAGAUUAUUCAACGCCAAAAAGCACUGCGAGCACUGCGGCUUUCACGCCGAGACCAAGCCUUGUAAGGGUCAAUUCCAAUCUCAAUCACAACCCCAAGCCCAACACUAGCAACGGCGCUUUCGAAGAUGUUACAGAGCUCAACGAGAAAGCCUUUUCGGCUUUGGCAGCUCAAGAGCGCGCGCAACGGGUGGCGUCCCUGGUAGGAAGUCAUUCUGCGCCUGCCUCGAGGAGAGGCAGCUUGGACGAAGAAACAGAGGAUGAGGCUGCACGGCCUCGUCCCAGCCGUCCCCGCCGUUCCAGCCGGAAUACAGCUUAUCCGGUGGAGAUUGAUGAUAUUCCCCUCGUGGACAUGGACGGCCGGCGCGCUUACGAUGGAGCCGGAUUGGACAGCGAUGAGGGGGAGGAUUUCGACAACCAGCCAGACAAUUUCUAUAGCAGCGCCGAAGCUCACAAGCCGGUGAGAACUCUCACGAGGAAGCUCAAUGCGAACCCCUGGAAGGCUCCCACUCAGCCUCCGCCAGGACUCGUUUCUGGUCAGGUGACGCCGACCCACGAGCGCAAUGCGCAUGAUUACGUUCCAAGACCCGUGCAGUACCGUGGGGGUGUUCUGUCUUCUCUUUUGAAGCUCUACAACCCUCCUGCAGAUAGUCCAGGAAAUCAGUCGAGGAGGGAAAGCAAUGCCUCGACCACAGGGAGUCCUUCGCAGUAUGGCGGCUCAUCCGGGGCUACCACGCCACGUACGAAGCAUGCUAAGUGGUACAACCACAAGCAGCAAUCUCAGGACACCCUGGCCGGACUCAUCGAGGCAUCGGCAAUCUUGGGAGCCCAGGGAGGGGCAAGAGCUCCCAAACGGACGCGUCCUGGGAUGGGCGCGAGGUCGCCAAGUGGAAAGCUUCUCGACACUGCAAUGAGGACAAUCGGUGGCAGACCCCGUCUUGAGGACGAAAUUAGGAUUACCGUCCACAUCGCAGAGACACUCAGUCGGCAAAAGUAUCUACUCAAGCUGUGCAGGGCUCUGAUGUCCUACGGUGCCCCAACGCAUCGACUUGAAGAAUACAUGAAGAUGAGUGCUCGUGUACUGGAGAUUGAUGGCCAAUUUCUUUAUAUUCCUGGAUGUAUGAUCAUCUCUUUCGACGAUGUAUCGACCCACACGACCGAGGUUAAACUUGUGAAGGCAUCACAAGGAGUUGACUUGGGGAAGCUAAAGGACAUCCACGAGAUUUACAAGGAAGUCGUGCACGACGUCGUCGGGGUCGAGGAAGCCACGCAGAGGUUGGGCGCUAUCAUCAGCAGUAAGCCCAAGAAUAACCCUUGGGCUCUUGUCUUCGUGUACGGUUGCGCGAGCGCCAGUGUCGCCCCGUUCGCGUUCCAAGGCCGACUCAUCGACUUGCCAAUUUCCUUUCUGCUUGGUUCUAUCCUCGGCUUCCUCCAACUCAUCGUCGCUCCAAGGUCCGAUCUGUACAGCAAUGUCUUUGAGAUCUCGGCUGCCGUCUUGACCUCUUUCCUGGCCCGUGCGUUCGGUUCAAUUCGGGGGGGCGAUCUUUUCUGCUUCUCUGCACUCGCUCAGUCGUCCAUCGCACUCAUCCUGCCUGGCUACAUGGUUUUGUGCGGGUCUCUGGAAUUGCAAUCGCGCUCGAUGGUCGCGGGAUCAGUGCGUAUGGUGUAUGCCAUCAUAUACUCCUUGUUUCUUGGAUACGGCAUCACGAUAGGUACUGCUCUGUAUGGCUUGAUGGAUGCCAACGCCACGAGCAAAACGACUUGCUCCAACCCGGUUGGCGACUACCCCAAGUGGCUGUUUGUCACAUUAUUCACACUCUGCUUGUGUAUCAUCAACCAAGCAAAGUGGAAGCAGAUGCCGGUGAUGCUUCUCAUAUCCUUUGCCGGCUAUAUCGUCAACUUUCACAGCGCCAAAAAGUUCCCCUCUUCAGCACAACUCUCCAGCACGUUUGGGGCUCUUGCGGUUGGGGUUCUUGGAAAUCUCUACUCACGUAUGCGCCAUGGAGUUGCGGCAGCCGCUCUCUUGCCUGCUAUCUUCGUGCAGGUGCCGUCAGGUCUUGCGGCCUCGGGGUCGCUGCUGGCGGGGCUCAGCACUGCAGAUCAAAUCACGAAUACAACCACAUAUUCGAAUGGCACUGCGAAGAUCAAUGGAACCAGUAUGGUAGGUUUUAUCCACGAUGGUCUCGGCCACCACUUUCUUAAAGUUGUUGCGGGCAAGAGAAAGACAUAUGUCACCUUGCCUCUUGCGGUGACGCUGCCUGGCUCUUCGUCCGGAGAUCUGAAUAACAUUGUCUUGAACGUUGGGUAUUCCAUGAUCCAGGUCGCCAUCGGGAUCACUGUCGGCUUAUUCCUCAGUGCAUUGAUUGUGUACCCGCUUGGAAAGAGACGAAGCGGACUGUUUAGUUUCUGA